AUGGUUGGUGGCCACGCCCUCUAUCAAAACCCUCCUUCUACUUCCAAGCCGCGCACUCCGAGCUUCAGUAGGUUGGCGGUAAUAUUGGUAUUGCGGAAAAAUGUAUUAGAUCUAGGGAGUAAGGAGCAAAUAAACCUUCAUGUCGAACUCGACCGUGUGACAGCCAGCAUUACGUCAAAUCAUAUUUGCCUGAAUCGGCUCGAGACUCUCGAGGCACAAGCAAUCAUGAACACAAACGGCCUGCCCGUAUACACGUCAAGGCUCCCUGGUAGGGUUGCUCCGGUAAAGAGUAUACAAAAGUUCCGACCAGGUCAAGGAGGACGGUUAGCUAUGGAAACAUGGCUACUAAUUGGAUUAGGGGGUUUUAGCGGCGCUGGCUUAGUUUCAUUCAACCCAGAGGUGGUGAUAUCGAAGCUUGUAAUACAGUUGCACACGCCAACACCACCUACCGUUGUUGACAAGCCCUGGAAAAUAAGAUUUAAAUUCAUGCAGAUACUUCACUCAUUUCAAUUAUUAGGUGCUAGUGCAUUCAAUUGUGUUAAUACAGCAACAAAAUGUUCAAGCUCAGGGUCCGAGGAGCUAAUGUUUAUAUGGUGUGAUGAGACGCCAAGCCCAAGGUUGAUUGUGUUGCCCAUCGUCACGUGA